UGUGUGUGUGUAUUUAUACACGUCUCAUUUUAAUUGGAAGAAAGUAUAUCUGCGCUACAGACUUCCUUUUGACACAAAAUUCAUCCGAUAUUUGCAUUUGCGCUUUUUAUGUCGCUACAUCUUUUUGCUCUUUAUAGAUGCGUAAAUGUUUGUCUUUUUCACUUUAAGUGUAGAAAGUGCAAAAACAAAUCAAGUGUCCCGUGUGUAGUGGUGGAAGGUAGUUUGCGUUGGUUCGCGUCAAUCGUUCGGAUGUUUGUUUAGUUUUAUAUAUUGUCCAACGGCGAGUACAGUAUAUAUUUGUAAAAUCUGCAAAAUGACUUCAUUCGGUCGUGGUCGUGGAUGGUUUCUUCAAAAGAGAGAGCAGGAUCUUCGUAGACCAGGAGGUGCAUGCACUAAUGAUGUUGUCAAAGAUAUAUUAAACAAACUAAGUACCUAUGGUGUUUGUGAACAACUUUCACCACAUAUGGUUCAAGAGAUCAUAGAUCUGCUGACCAACUCCAACAAUAAGAAUAGUCUCAGAGAAACAUGUGAUAUGCUUUGGAAACAAUCCAUACUCGAUGAUACCUUUACUACAAGGUUAGCGAUGAUAUUCAGUGAUAACAAAAUUACUCUCUUAGAAGAUGCAAAUAAGGAUAUUAUACGAACUCGUUUCUUACGCUUCCUGCAAGAUAAUUAUAUGUCUAGGGAAAAAAAUAAGACAGAGGAUCAAAAGAUAUUUGCAAAUAUUGUCUUACUUCAUGCAGAAGUUUAUUAUCACAUGAGAUUGAAUAAUGGUCAUAGACUGACAAUAUUGGCUGAACCAUUAAUUCAAUAUUUAGGAGAUUUAAUGCAGAUUAAAGAUAGCGUCGAAGAGAAUAUUUUCUUUAUCAUGAUACAGAUACUUAGAUCUGGUAAAGAUCUUUAUAAAGCAUGUCCAGAACAAUUAGAUGAAUUUAUAAUGACGAUUAGGCAAGCAUUAUUAAAAGAGAACAGUGAUUGUCCUCAAAAUCGUGCAAUGUUAUUACUAUUGAUUGAGUUAGCUAAUAACAACUAUGAAAUUAAAAAUGCAUGCCUGAGACAAUUUUAUAUUUCAAAUAUUAAAACGCUCACUUUCGAGUAUCCGUUUUCCAAGGAGGAAUUAAAAUUCAGUGAUAAAGAGACGAAGAUUGAAAAUGUUGUAGGUAACAAUCUACCGAAGAACUUGCAAGAAACUAAUAAUGUUCCUUCUCAUCGAAUUUCAAAAGAAGAGAUUAACGAUGUAUGUAACAAACAAAGUCACCAUUCAAAAGGUCCUAAUGUUCCAAGAGCAAUACGUGGGACAGGUGCAUUGGGUACGAAAAAAGAAGAUGAUGUUAACACAAAGCUAAAUUCCAUAAAGAUUACAUCUUCAAGGCAGAAGAAUGCGGACUUCUGGGAUCAUGACGAUAGAUUUCACAAAGAUUAUGAAUAGUUUGCAAGGUAAAGGUUUAUUCUAACUUAAGUAAACGAUACUUAUAAACAUAUAUACUUAUAAAUACAUUAAUAUGUAUAAAGAUAGAUAUCAGUUUUAAGCGUGUAUAGAAUUCUUUAUAUGGCGCUUUUUCUGUAUCGUAAAAUUAUUAUCAACUGGCAUAAGGAAUAAGCUAAAAUCCAGAUGUUACGACAAGGAUAAAUUUGAAUGCUAUUAAAACAGCAGAAGAACAAUGGAUUUGUUCUGUAAAAUUAUAUUUUUUA